CAAAAAGUUAAUUCAACGUUACUAGUUGCACUGAGUUGCUAAAUCUUUAUGAAACUUUCCAUUUAGCCUUGUUCAACACUGAUUUCUUAAAGGUCGCUAUGCACUAAAAGCUAUGAAGCAAAUGGAGCCACAAGUAAAACAAGCACUUCAGAAUCUACCAAAACCUGCCUUCAGUGGUUAUUACAGAGGUGGAUUUGAACCCAAAAUGACUAAACGAGAAGCAGCUUUAAUACUAGGAGUGAGCCCUACAGCCAAUAGAAGUAAAAUUAGAGAAGCUCAUAGACGGAUCAUGCUUUUGAAUCAUCCAGAUAAAGGUGGCUCUCCCUAUGUAGCAGCCAAAAUCAAUGAAGCUAAAGAUUUACUGGAAGAUCAAGCUAAAAAAUGAAAAGGAGAGAAUCAGAGGGUUUGUCCCUGCAAAUUAUUAUUUUUAAUAAAUGGCUUAAGGCAGUCUUUGACAAUAUAAAUGAAGCUGGACAUAAAAAUCCAGGGAGGUAUUUCCUUCCCCACUCACUACUUAGUCAUUUUUUGGGGAAAUGUGAGAUGGAGAAAGGCUUAAAGGGUUUGGGGUUUUUUUUUGAUUGCUGUUCUUUAUUAAGCAGCACAAUCUGCCACUCAAGUAUUUUCAGUGUAAGAGAGUAGUAACUUGGUUUGGCCAGUGCAUGUUACCACAUACAGGUACACUUACAUGCUGUUACCUAAUUUUUGUUUAAACAUAGCUAUGUUUAAAGUUCAUGCUGCUGUUCUUUCAAAUGCCAAAGUUAGGGUGAUGAACCUAUUUGGGGAGGGGGUGGAAAGAAUCAAGAGGAUUUAUUUGAUGGGAAGAAUGGGGACAGGUGUGUACUUGUCUGACUAGAGAAAUAAAGUAUAGAAAAAUGUACUUGGUUGUCUUUGCCUUAUGAAAAACAAUCUUGGUUAGGCUGCUGAAGUGUUACUGAUGGGUCUGGCAUGGCUCAGAUUUUUUAGCAACUUUGUUGUAAUGGAUUUUAUAGCAUUUAAUAAAUUGCAACUAAGUAAACUCCAACUAAGUACUGUA